UGUACAAAAUUGAGCAUUACUAGAGAAAUACUUUCAUUGGUGGACAAAGCAUAAUACUGAACUACUUCUAAGAAACAUCCUAGGAGAAUCAUAUGCCGAGUCACCCUUACUUUCUCAACCGGCAAUGCUAACUGUCUACAUUGGAUAUGGAUUUGAUCUCUGCUGAGGCCCACCAAAAAAGUAGCCGUUAGAGGCUUGACCGUUGAGCUGGAGAACGUUCGCAAAGCAAGCACAUUUUAAAAACCCCUUUGUCACCUCUUUCCACUGUGUCCUGGAUAGAACCUGAAACCCAAAACCUGUUUAUAUAUAUUCUCCCCCAUAUCCUCUUUCAGACAGCAAAAGAAACAGGGAUUCACAAACACACAGAAAUCUUGGGAAGAAGUGAAAAUGGGUUUGGUUGUAGUCAUCUCUCUGCCACUGAUUUUCUUUUGCAUAUUACUUGGUGUUGGAUGUUACUUCCUGGGAAGAGCUAGAGGGAGACAAGAUCUCCGUACCAACCCUCAGAUUUACGGGGUACCAGCUCCGCCGCCUGGUGCAACAACCUCUUUCCCAUCUCCUCCUCCUCCGCCACACACCAAGCCCGACAACUUGGCCAAUGUUUGAUAGGGGAAUCUCAGACUUGAAGCUACUCUAAAGUCCAAGAUUUGAUUUCAUAUCUGGGUUUCUUUUAGAAAAUUUUUUUCACAUAUCUCUACUUUUUGGGUGUAGAGAAAGGUUGAUUGUUUGUGGUAUUGAUGCUUAUACUUCUGUGAAAUUGAGAUAUAUUGUGUUGGCGCAUAUUGGCUGAAAUAUCAAUCAAUAAUAUUUGUAGCAUGUCUAUUUUCUGAUGUAUAAUUUAGUUUAAACUUUUGAAGUGAAUUUUCUUUUGCUUAACCCAGUUUAAUCCAGUCAUUUGAUAAUGCCUGCAAAUA